UUCAUUACUGCUCAAACAUGGGAGUAUUCUGAAUAUGAAUGUAUGGAUAUUUCGCUUAUAGUCCAAGUCCCAGACAGAUGUCACACUCAGGCUCAGCUUCGAUUAUAAUGUUAAGAUCAGUGUCAGAAGAUCCCCAGGGUAAAAAGGGGGAUUUAGCUAAAGAACUCUACACAGCAGCGGAGCGCGGCGAUGAGUUGUUGGUAGCCACUCUGCUGAACGAUGGCGCGGCUACUGACUACCGUGUCGAACAG